AUGCUUUCUUUAUGGCUGUCCUCUGUGGAAGAGGGAGAUUCUUUGCAAAGCCAAAGCAUUAUGUCGAAUCAUAACAUGCAUAACUGGCUUCAGACACUGCUAGGUCAAGAUGAGUGGCUGCGCUCUAAAGGUACAGUUGAAAAACAUAGCCUGCGGAUUCUCGGCAAAUACACUCCAAGCCUCGUCCGAGAUCUCCUCUGGUGGUCCCCAAAAGACAUUCUUAAUGUCUACGAGGUUCGAGAUGACGAGGUUGGCGCGCUACGUAAAGCGCUUCAGAUUGGCAAAGACCGAGUUGUUGGCUAUAAUCAGUAUGAGGAGGGCUCCAAUCAAUAUCUACAUCCGCGGAUACGUCUCAACCCUGACCACAGCGGAUACGAACACUAUGAUGACAAUCGUGACGGUAAAAAUACGUCUCAGGAUGAGAGCGACUAUCAAGAAGAGUCACCAGAGAACAACAACAAUGGUGACAAUGAUAGGCAUCCUGCCAACAGCUCAUCUUCCGAAUGUGACGAGUACUACAGCUCCAGUAAAGACGAGGUGGAAAGCCUAAGGGAUGACGAGUUGAAAAGUCUCAGCGACCAGGACUGCGAAAGCAACACCGGAGUUGUCACCCUAUUGUACAAUGAUUCUUAUCAAUCGUUGAAAGCACUAUACGCGAUAGACUUGUUUUCAUCAUUUACAGGGGCCGUGGCUAAGGCGAUGGCCACUCCUAUCGCAGGAGGCGCCGAAGAGAUUCGACCUGACAACGACACGGAAGAUACGAGGUGGAACAUAUUUUCGCUCCGUAACAAUCACCUGUCAAAGAUGAUCCAAGAUAUUCACAACACUGGACUGGGAAAUCUGGAUCAAAUCUACCUUAGCGUCAUCGUGCCACUAAGCCAAGAACGAUGA